AUGAAUACAUACGCGAUGCGUAACUUUCUGUUUGCUCUGGUGGCGCGUGCAUCCGGCCUCGAUGUAAGACAGCCGCCAGAGCUAACUACGGUCACUAUUCGUUCGAUGACAAUUACAACCACGAGGACGGUUACUACUCAUCCAGUUUUGUGGACAAAUACCACCAUCCAGACCUUGCCUCCAAUCGAACCCUCCACGGCAUCCGUCUCUAACAUCACUGGAGGAGCCCUGGGUACGGGCGCUACAGCAGCAACUUCGGUCAUCACGGAGACCUCGAUAAGCGGGACUGAGGGUUCAUGUAUAACUGUUACCCCUAACGUAUCGGUUCGGCCUUCCCUACUCCCUUCAACAAGUUCCAGAGCGGUGUCAAAGUCGACCGAGGGGGAUCAAACCAUGUCUUCCGUGACCGCUCUCUGGCCACGACCGGGAAUUGCUGAUCCCCCUGAGGCUCCAUUAUCGUCCUCCAGUGUACCCUACACUACCUCAAGCUCGCUGGUCACCUCAAGCUCGCCAGCCAGCUCAUCUACGCCCGAUCCCGUAGAGAGCAGCACAAGCAUAAGAUGGAGCAUUUCGCCAACGAUAAGCUCGACCAAGCUCCUUAAUUCUACUAGUCAGAGUAGCGAUUUGCCCACUUCAACUAGUAGCAAGACAUUCACCACUAAAACUUCGUCGCAAGUAGCUAGUGUGAGCACCGCCACUGCUUCUGAUGGGACGGGAUAUGGCGAGGCUACGAUGAUUCUGCCUACCGUUGACCUAAGUCGUCCCGAUCAAAGCUCGUCUAGCUUUAGCCCCACGACUCCUCACCUAUCGAUCCCCUCUCCCAGCUCAACCAUACAUGUGGUCGCUAUCGAUGUGCUAGGAUUCUAG